AUGGCCUUUAACCAGUGGAGCAGCACACGCCGGGGCACGCCUCGAGUUGCGCUCGCUUGUGAUUCACUUUGGAGACGGCGCAGGCGGCAGAGCCUUCCUUCCAGGAAGAGGAAGAAAGGAGGUCUCUUGCUGGAGCCAGAUGAGAAAGAAGAAGAAAAGGCUCAGCAGAAUGAAGAGGAGGAGGAAGAGGAAGUAGAUAACAUAGAGCAGGUGGAAAGAAACAGAGAAGAAGAAGAAAAAAGGAAAGAGGAUGCUCUUUGGGCCAGUUUCCUUAGCGACGUGGGACAGAAACCCAAAGCGGGGGCUGCCACGCAAGCGAAGAAGGCCGAAGAAGAGAAUAGUGGGAAGAAGCCUCAGGAGAAGCCAAAAGAGUCUGAGAAGUCAAAAGAUUCAGGAAAAGUGACGAUCACCAAAGUGUUUGAUUUCGCUGGUGAGGAAGUCAGAGUGACUAAAGAAGUGGACUCAGCCUCAAAAGAAGCUAAAUCUUUUCUGAAGCAGCAAGAGAAGUUGCAGUCAGCAGCUCCAGCUUCCCGCCCGACGGUCUCUGGGGUGAAGAGGCCAAGCGGCAUGAGCAGCCUCCUGGGGAAGAUUGGCUCCAAAAAGCAGAAGAUGAGCACACUGGAGAAAUCUAAACUGGACUGGGAGAACUUCAAGGAGGAGGAGGGGAUUGUGGAGGAGCUGGCAAUCCAUAACCGAGGGAAAGACGG